ACAGUUGACACGCUCCCCUUUUAGCCUUUUCUGUGGGGGAAAACAAAAUUGGCACAAUGCGAUGAUGAGUUGGGAGCUGGACUCGCUCCCUUCUAACAUGAGGCUCCUACAAUCUUGGUUUUACAAAAUCACAAACCAAUCAAAUUCAUGGAUUUCAGCUUGGAUAUAGGAUUCAUCUUUCCCCUUUCUGCACUUUCCUCUUUUCUUCGAUAACCAACCAACAGGGAACAGGAAGAGAUACUGAAAAAAGACAUGAAGCUAUCAUUCAAGCUCCAAGAAGACAAGAACCCAGUCUUGAAAGCCAGAAUACCCAUUUCCAUAUUUAGCCAACCCUUCGUUUCGAGCCUUACUACCGCCCCUCCAACCACCACCGAUUCCAGCGGCAGCGGCGGCAACAAAUCCUCUCAAAAUACCUCCUUUUCUCUUUCCACGAAUUUCCCUUCUGGCCCUUGCUUCAAACUCUCUUAUGCACCCUCGGCUUCCUCUGCCAUCACAAUCCCUUUCUCUCUUUCUCUAAAAUCGGGUCUUGGCCUCUUUGGCUCCCCUAAAGAUUCCCCUCUUAUUUUCUCUGCCUACUUUUCCCUUUCAUCGGUUAACCCUGGAACUAUAAUCCCCACGUUCGCUCUCCAUUUCAAGCCCCAAUUUGGCAACUUUUCUUUGUACAAGGCCACUUCAUCCAAACCUAGCCUUGAGCCGGAUUCUAGGCCUCACCAUGUUUCAGGACAAUCUGCUUCACCUUCGAAUUCCGAGUUUGGAACCCCUGAUUCGGCCUCGAUUUGGCAAGAUGUGAAAUUGGAACCUCGAAACGCAAGUGAUGAUGGGCUUGACACCCUUAAGUUUGGGUAUGGUAAUGGUUUAUAUUCAACCGAUGGGUUUGGUAUGGAGAGGUCAUUGGUGAGGAAAGAUGACAACAAAGCUGGGAUUUUUGGUGGAAUUGCUGUUAGAGCAAGAACAAUGUUUCCUGUGACAAAAAGGGCGGUGGUGAAACUAAGGUGGAUUGUGAAUUUGCCUUCAGACCUGGGCUCCAAAAUGCCUUAUUUGACAAUAAACAAGAUUGGGGUUGAGAAGAUUGAAGAAGCUAAGGAAGCCAAGGAAGCCAAGGAAGAGAAAAACAAGAGCAUGGCAAGGAAUGAUGAUGAACUUAAGUUGCUGAAAGGCAUGUAUUCGUGGAUGAGAAAGGAUUUGGAUAUGUUGGAGGAUGAGAAUAGGGAAAUGAAGCAGUGUCUAGAAGGUAUGAAACAUGAGAUAUCGGCCAGGAAAACUAGUAGGGAAAAUGAAGGUCAUGGGUGGAGGGCUCCCACACCUCCCGUGAAGAAUUCAAACGACUUUGAGCGAUGGAGGAACAAGAAAAAUUCAGUUGAAGACAACGGUGGAAAAGAAGGGAAGAAGACUGCAAGCAAGUUGAGUGAGGUGGAGAAUGAAUUACAGAAAGCUAUCAAGGCUGCUCCCACUUAACCUGGUUAGAAUUUGAUGUUUUCUUUGUAUGGUUUGGCUACAUUGUCCCUUUGAAUGUGUGUAUACUGAUUAGUAGUUGAGCCAUUUGCUGAAUUUAAGCUGUUUUUCUUUUAGGAUCGAACUUAUUUAUCCCAUGUUGA